UGGAUAAGGAGUCUACUCACUGCUCUUCUUGUAGACCAGGAGAAAUUCCAUUGUUUGUGAAGAGUCAGAUACUGGAAAAUAAGUAUUCAUCAUGGCUGAGUUGUCACCUGAAGAAAUUCAACUGAGGGCCAAUCAGGUUACAGAUGAAUCUUUGGAAAGCACAAGGAGGAUUCUUGGCCUGGCUAUUGAGUCCCAAGAUGCAGGAAUCAAAACCAUUACCAUGCUGGAUGAACAAGGGGAGCAACUAACCCGUAUAGAAGAAGGCAUGGACCAGAUAAAUAAAGACAUGAGAGAAGCUGAGAAGAACUUGACAGAGCUCAACAAGUGUUGUGGCCUUUGUGUCUGUCCUUGGAAUAGAACAAGGAACUUUGAGUCUAAUAAGUCUUAUAAGACAACUUGGGGCGAUGGUGUUGAAAAUUCAGAUCAUGUGGUAUCUAAACAACCUGUACGUGGAGUAAAUAAUCAGCAGCACUCGUCGGGGGGACCAUCUGGAGGUUACAUUACACGGGUAACAAAUGAUGCCAGAGAGGAUGAGAUGGAAGAAAACCUAAGUCAAGUUGGAAAUAUCUUGGGGAAUCUGAAAAAUAUGGCUGUGGAUAUGGGCAAUGAGAUUGAUACACAAAACAAACAGAUAGACCGGAUAAAUGAGAAGGUAGGAACCAACGAACUUUGUCUUCACUGCCUACCUUGGUGUACAUAUUCCUUAAGUGGCCAGUUUAACAAGUCCAAUAGACUGGUCAUUUUAUAG